UUCGUCUUCAGGGAGCAGCUGUGAAGGAAACUGGGGGAGGGAGUUGAACAUAACAUCCCAUCUUUGUGUUUCAUACAGAGCUCAGCUUUUAGGCCGGCCUUUCUGAACUGUAAGGGGUGUGGCAUGCAUUAAAAUUAAACAUCAGUGACCCCGAGGAAGCUUAUAAAAUAGCUUGGGAGAAGCCAGUCACCAACAGAAGGCAUCUCACCUUGGAUGAUUCUGCAUGUGGAAACUUCUUUCAUCUUGAUUUAAAAAAGGUCCAUCUCCAGCCACCCAGCCCCAAGAUGGUGCCGACGCUGCUGCUGCUUCCCGCCCUGGCUGGCCUCCUUGGAGUGGCUGAGGGACAAGCCUUCCACCUCGGGAAAUGCCCAAAUCCUCCAGUGCAGGAGAAUUUUGACGUCAAUAAGUAUCUUGGAAGGUGGUAUGAAAUUGAGAAGAUCCCAGUGAGCUUUGAGAAGGGAAGUUGCAUCCAAGCCAACUACUCACUAAAGGAAAACGGAAACAUCAAAGUGAUAAACAAGGAGUUGAGAGCUGACGGAACUGUGAAUCAAAUUGAAGGUGAAGCCACCCCAGAAAACAUCACUGAGCCUGCCAAGUUGGGAGUUAAGUUUUUCUGGUUGAUGCCAUCAGCUCCAUACUGGGUCCUGGCCACCGACUAUGAGAACUACGCCCUUGUGUACUCCUGUACCACAAUCAUCUGGCUUUUUCACCUGGAUCAUGUUUGGAUCUUGGGAAGAAACCCUUAUCUCCCUCCAGAAACAGUGACCUAUCUCAAAGAUAUCCUGACCUCUAAUGACAUUGACAUUGAGAAAAUGACUAUCACAGAUCAGGUGAACUGCCCCGAGUACCUGCAAUGAGGCUUUAAUGGGAGGAUCCAUGUUCUUUCUUUUGCUUUGCGUCCCCCUACCCCACCCCCGCCCCCCAGCCACCCCUCACAAGGACACACCAACCCACCACGGCAGAUCUGUGCAAACACCAGAAGGGAAAUGUGACAGCAGAAGCUGGUGGAGAGGAAUUCAAGGCAAGUUGACCCAAACACUUAGCCGUGCACCACCGUGUUCCUUUGCAAGCCUGAUAAUAAACUUGCUGCCGACCUGCUGUUCUCACA